CGUUUCACUUACGACCAAGCAAUUUACGUCACCUGCGCUCGCAGUGCUGUUGCUGCGUAGAGGCCCUCGGUGCCCCGCGACGGCUCCCGUCCGCCGCCCCCGCAGAGGCCCCGCUCCCCGGACCCACCGGGCGGAUUACUGUAUAUCCAGCAAUUUCCACGUUUCAAAUCAUGGAGGCAGAACAGAUUAUGGAGGGACAGCCACAGGUUCCAGAAAAUCCCCAUUCUGAAUAUGGUCUCACUGAAAAUGUAGAGAGAAUAGUAGAAAAUGAGAAAAUAAAUGCAGAGAAAACAUCAAAGCAGAAGGUGGAUCUUCAGUCAUUGCCUACACGUGCCUACUUGGAUCAGACAGUUGUACCCAUCUUACUACAGGGACUUGCUGUUCUUGCAAAAGAGAGACCGCCAAAUCCUAUUGAAUUUCUAGCAGCAUAUCUUUUAAAAAACAAGUCACAAUUUGAGGACCGAAAUUAAUUCCAUAAAAAUGAGGACAGUUUGGCUGCUAUACUGAAAUGCUCGUUUGCCGCAAUUCAUUUUCUGCUGUAAAAAUCCUUUGGAACGAUGAUGUUGUCUUUCUUAAUCGUACAAUUUCCUUUAACUUUAGAUUUAUUUAAUAAAGAACACUGUACAUUUCAUCUGCUUGCUUGUUUUAAACUAGCUAUUAAGAGACUUUCAAAAUAAAGUACUGAAACUGCA